AUGCUGCGCCGCUCUCUCGUGAUGCGUGGCGGCUUUUCGCAGGAGGCCUUUCACCGAAUGACCAAGUAUAUUACCUCUCGCAACCCGAAUGAGAAGUACCUGCGCACUGGCCACAUUGUUCUCGAGACACUGAAGCGGUACCACGCGUACAUCCUGGCGGUUGUUCUCAUCAGCACCUUCACCGUAUAUGACCACCGCCGGCAUCCAGAGAAGAUGCCAGGUGCCACCCAUGAUGGUCGCUCCCUGGUGCUGUAG